CCCAAGCGAGCGAACGAAGAGAGCGCCUCCCAAGCGAGCGAACGAGCAGAGUCCUUCCCGAGCGCGGACAGCGGGGUCUUACGAGCAGCGCCUCCCUCUCUAGAGCAGCCGCUCCCGCUCAGCAACGCCGCCGCCCGGAUCUACGCCGGCGACCAUUCCAUAGUAACUAAAAGUCUAACUCUAUCCCUUCGGAACUUGGAGUUCAAACAGGGCAUCAACACUGUCAAUUGCAGAGGCUUGGAGCUGCUUCGGCAUCCAGUAGAGCAAACAAGAAGUAAAGUCGGAAACAAAUAUUUCAUCCUCGGACGGACUUCUCAUCUCGCAAUGGAAGCCAAGUUCUUUCGGUUCCUGAAGCUUGUUGGAGUUGGCUUCAAAGCCAGGACAGAGCGUGAAGGCCGCGAGUUGUUUUUGAAACUAGGCUACAGCCAUGAGGUGCAGUUCACGGCUCCACCUGCCGUCCGCGUCUUCUGCUUCAAGCCCAACAUAAUAUGCUGUACUGGCAUUGACAAGCAUAGAGUGCACCAUUUCGCUGGAGCUGUCCGAUGCAGUAAGCCUCCAGAAGUGUACAAGGGGAAGGGCAUACUGUACAUCGACGAGGUCAUAAAGCUGAAGCCGGGGAAGAAGCAGCAGAAGAAGUAACACAUGGUGGGUAAACAUCCCCAUUCGACUUCUAGCUUGUUAAGACGUCGCAUCGCAUUUGUGGUGCCGCGGAUUUCACGCGGUUUUCUCGUGCCGGAUUAUGCCUAGCCCCAGUACCGGGAUGGAUUUCGUAAUAAUACUCCGUAUGCUAUGUGAGUUAUCUGGUGAGCAUGUGCUGUAUGACGUGCAUACCGUGGGGGCGGAUCAGCACAUUCAAACAUUUGUGUUUUUGUUUUGGGCUGGCUAGAUGCAUGUAACCUACUUCAAUAGCCUAAUGUGUUUGUUGAUGUCA